UAUGAUGAAGAUGGUUAUGAUGAAAAUGGUUAUGAUAAAUAUGGUUAUUUUUUAUGUAAAAAAAACAUCUAUGAUGAAAAUGGCUAUGAUCAAUAUGGCUAUAAUGAAUAUGGUUAUGAUAAAGAUGGUUAUGAUGAAGAUGGUUAUGAUGAAGAGGGUUAUGAUGAAGAUGGUUAUGAUAAAGCUGGUUAUGAUAAAUGUGGUUAUAAUGAUGAUGGUUAUCAUCAAGAUGGUUAUAAUGCAUUAGGUUAUUAUGAAGAUGGUUAUAAUAUAAAUGGUUAUAAUGAAGAUGGUUAUGAUAAAUAUGGUUAUAAUGAAGAUGGUUAUGAUGAAGAUGGUUAUAAUGAAGAGGGUUAUGAUAAAGAUGGUUAUCAUAUAUAUGGUUAUAACAAAUAUGGUUAUAAUAAAUAUGGUUAUGAUAAAUAUGGUUAUGAUAAAGAUGGUUAUGAUAAAGACGGUUACGAUGAAGAUGAUUAUGAUAAAAAUGGUUAUAAUCCAUAUGGUUAUGAUAAAGAUGGUUUUAAUAAAAAUGGUUAUAAUAGAGAUGGGGUUUAUAUAAAAAAAAAAAAACUUAACAAAAUCACUAAAAAAAGCAAAUUAGUUUUGAAAUCAUUAAUUCCAUAUAAAGGUAUUCUUGCAAAUAAUUUAACAGAUUUUAAAUCAACUGAAAAUGAUUUCUUUUUAAAUGUAGUGUCUCUUUUGUCACGUGAACGCCAUAUUACAUUUAUAUCUAGUGGUAACUUUGACAACAAUUUCAACAAUUGUUUGAAAAUAUCGCCGGAAUUCUCAAAAUGGAAUAGUAAUAAAGGUGAGGUAGAAAUAAGUUCCUUUCCAACUUAUGCUAUAGAUACAAAGGGUUCUAGAAGACUGACCUUUUAUUUUUUUUCAAUGAAUAGUAAGUCUUUUUUAUUAAUUAUAAUUAACAAUAUUUUAAAAUAA